CUAGAAUGUCUACAUUAUCAUCUUAUAAACGAAAAGAAAAUAGUCGCACGUCUGAGAUGAGUAGAUAUAAAGAGUAUAAAAGACUUCUUCACACCUAUAAAAAGGCAUCAAUUUCCAAAAGAGCAUGUGGAAUCUUCAACUCAUUAUAAAUCCCAGUGGCAUGUUAAGAGUAAAGAUAGGCAUGCAAUUGUUAUUUCGUUUAUACCAGAUUGUAAGUAUCGGUUGUGCGGAUGUUGAAAACUGAAGUGGUAAGAGGGUGCCAAAACUGGUAUACUUACAGUGGAGUUAAAAGCCCUGAUCAUAAAUCGACGCCAAAGUGCGGCUCCAGGUUUCAGUCAAACGACACAUAUGAGAUUCUUCGGGGACUGUUAUAAGCAAAAAUGGGUUUGAACGUGGUGACUAACUACGCUACCAAUGCCGAGCAAGAGCGGGAACAUAAAAAGCUUUUAUCAUAUACAUUUUAUGAUUUCAAGGCGAUUGUGAUUUUGUUAACAUUGUACAUAAUACAAGGCAUACCAAUGGGAAUCCACCUCUCGCUUCCGCUGAUUAUAUACAACAAAGUGUCGUACUCUCAAAUGGGCAAUUUAUCCUUGACUGCAAUCCCGUUGUCGCUUAAGCUCCUAUGGGCACCAAUUAUGGAAUCGCUGUACUCUAGGAGAUUAGGCAAGCGUAAAUGUUGGAUUAUACCAGUACAACUUAUCACAGCUUGUCUAAUGCUAUUUGUUAGCGCGAACAACAGAUUUGACAGGUGGACGGGACAACAUGGAGAAACAGUUGAUGUAACUGCCUUGCUAGUAUAUUGUACUAUUACAUACAUACUCAUGGCAACUCAAGAUGUAGUGGUGGACGGCUGGGCACUAAAUAUGCUCCGUCCUGAGAUGCGCAUACAUGCAUCCACCUGUAAUGCAGCUGGGCAGCAUAUCGGCAUAAAUAUAUCCUAUGUCUGUUUGACCAUACUUAGCAGUAACCAAAUGUCACGUAUCAUCAAUCAAACUAAAGAUGUUAUUGUUACGGGGGCAGGAGAAGACAAUGUUUCAAGUCAUGUGCAAGCUAUAGCGGAUCGAGAUUUUGGUAUAAUGUCGCAUUAUAUUCGCAUUUUUGGUAUAGUCACUCUGGCAGUCACGGUUUUAGUGAUGUUUAUACACGAAGUAGAGGACGCGCCAACACUAAUAGAACUCCAACCUGUAACUGAAAUCGGCAUAAUUGACACAAGCCCAGCUACCCGAAGGUGGAAUAUGAUUAAGCAAAGCUAUGCCCUAUUGAUCCAGAUACUCAAACUUGAACCGGCACUUUUAUUAGGCAAACUGGUUCUUACCAUUAAUUUAAUAUACUCACCCGAAGAACCUGCCGAAUUGAAACUUCUGGAAAAGGGAGUGCCCAAAGAUUUGUUGGCAUCCAUAACGCCAUUUAUCAUACCGUUACAGAUCGUAGGCCCUCCAUUGAUAACAACUGCAAUAAGGCGAUCAAGCAGCGCAGACGUAAUUUACAAGGGUUUAAGGAUGAGAUUACUAGUAGUCAUGAGUUAUGUGGGGUUGACGUAUGUGGCAGGCUUGUACUACACUACAAUGCCGCACAGUCAAUUGGUAACUGUUUUAUUCUACAUACCAGUUGUAGUACUCUCUAUACUUAGACAUAUUUGCGAACUUGUGGUUUGCGUAGCAUUGGUUGCCCUGUUUGCUGACGUCUCAGAUCCGUCAAUAGGAGGAACUUAUAUGGCCCUUCUCAAUGCACUAAUGAACGUUGGAGAGUUGGUACCGCGCUUACUGGGCUUCUGGAUGAUAGACGCUCUGGAAUUGUAUUCGCGAGGUCUAGUGGAUGGUUUGCUGAUAGAAGGCCUGUUAUGCAUCAUAUUGGGUGUCAUAGUGCUACCAAUAUUCCGCAAGGUAUUGCUGCGCAUUGAAUCAUAUGGCGUAAACGAGUGGUAUGUGAACAAGUUUGCCGAGGCUUGAGGUUGUUCAAUUAAAUGUUCUACCAUACACCCAUGUGUAA